CCCAGAGGGUAUGGGAUUCCUGGAAGGGUGGAGCAGAGGAUCCUGUCUGCUUCCUGUCCAGGACUGGAAGGGGACAGAAGGCAGAGAAUAACCUCAUUCCAGAUUCUGGGGCUUUCUCAGCUUCCUGGGCUCCCAUCCGGGGCACCUGGUUCACCAGGGGCCAGGACCUCUGGCUCAGAUGAGUUUUCCUAGUUCCGUCUUCCUAGUUCCCCCUCUGCCACCUCCCACCUGAAGCUACUUCAGGUGAAGCAUGCAUUUGAUGGUCCUGAGGGCAUCAAAGUGGGGUAAAGAAUUGUGAGCUAGGAAAGAACAUCUUAGCUCUCACCUCUGGCUCCUGCUGAUGAGCCAUUGAUGCUUUAUCGCCUUAGGUUAAGGUAUUAUCUCUAAAAGGACUCCUUGAAAGCACAUUUAUGGGGCUGCUGGUAGGGGAAGUGUUAUGGCAGCAGCGUUCAGUUCAACCCAGAGUGUAUUUACAUAUGCUUAGGUGCUCCCAGUUCCUUGUGUGGGAGGCAAUAUAAAUCAGACAAAAGGAUUGACUCCUGCUCAGCCUAGUGAGGAGAGCAUCACGUGAUUAGUUUCUCCGCUCCACUGGCUGUUGCCUAGCAGAGAACAGGCCUUGUGAAGAUGCACCUCAGAGCUGGUCCUCCUGCUUCUGCCACGGCCUUAUCAGUUUCCUGGGUUUCUUGUUGCUGAUGAUCACCUUCCCCAUUUCUGGCUGGUUUGCCCUAAAGAUCGUGCCCACCUAUGAGCGCAUGAUCGUGUUUCGACUGGGCCGCAUCCGCACCCCUCAAGGACCCGGCAUGGUUCUGCUCCUGCCCUUCAUUGACUCUUUUCAGAGGGUGGAUCUGAGGACACGAGCCUUCAGUGUCCCUCCCUGCAAGCUGGCCUCUAAGGACGGGGCUGUGUUGUCCGUGGGGGCCGACGUCCAGUUCCGCAUCUGGGACCCGGUGCUGUCAGUGAUGACAGUGAAGGACCUGAACACAGCCACGCGCAUGACGGCUCAGAACGCCAUGACCAAGGCCCUGCUCAAGAGGCCUCUACGGGAGAUCCAGAUGGAGAAGCUCAAGAUCAGCGACCAGCUCCUGCUGGAGAUCAACGAUGUGACCAGGGCCUGGGGGCUGGAGGUGGACCGCGUGGAGCUGGCGGUGGAGGCCGUGCUCCAGCUGCCCCAGGACAGCCCGACUGGGCCCAACCUGGACAGCACCCUGCAGCAGCUGGCCCUCCACUUCCUGGGAGGAGGCACGUCCUCAGCGGCAGGAGGUGCCCCGCGCCCCGGGCCAGCAGAUACCUUGGAGAUGGUGAGUGAGGUUGAGCCGCCUGCCCCUCAUGGUGCCGGGCCCAGCCCCAAGCAGCCCGUGGCCGAGGGGCUGCUGACCGCUCUGAAGCCUUUCCUGUCUGAGGCCCUGGUCAGCCAGGUCGGGGCCUGCUACCAGUUCAAUGUCGUCCUGCCCAGUGGCACCCAGAGCAUCUACUUCCUGGACCUCACCACAGGGCAAGGGAGGGUGGGACACGGGGUCCCUGAUGGUAUCCCUGACGUGGUGGUGGAGGUGGCCGAGGCAGACCUGCGGGCCCUGUUGUGCAGGGAGCUGCGGCCCCUGGGCGCUUACAUGAGCGGGCGGCUGAAGGUGAAGGGCGACCUGGCCGUGGCCAUGAAGCUGGAGGCUGUCCUCAGGGCCUUGAAGUAGCAAGCUUGGCUGACUGGCCAUAGCCCAGCCCUGAGCCUGGUACCGAGCCAGGGGGCGCAUCUUGGAGGAGGAGGCAUUGGCACUACACCUUGGAUUACUGAGGCCCUGAGAAGUUUCAGGCUCAGCGGGGGCCAGUGAGUGGGGGCUGGGAGAGGCCGAGUCAGGCGGCCGUGCCCUUCUCACCCACAGUGGUUCUCUGGACAAGCCUUUGCCCACCCUGGUCCUCUGCCCAGGGCCCAGCCUGAGCUGGGUACACAGCACGAUGACAGGAGAGCCAGACCUGUUCUGCUCUGCUGGCCACCUGACUGGAGAGGCAGGGCCAACAGAAACAGCCUGACAGCAGCCGGUUUGGAACCAGUGUGAGGGAGCAAUGCAUGUGGCUCAAGCUCAGAGCUCAGGGUGGGAGGGAGUAGGGAGGGCUGGAGAGGCAGCCACCUAGAAGAGGUCCCUGUAGUGGGAGGGCUCUGGCAGUCGGGCUGGGCCCACCUUGCUGAUUGCAGUCCAGGCCCAGGCUAGUGGGGGGGGUGGGAGUGGGGAAGAGUAGGGCCUGGCCCUCCCCUGGUCCUGCUCCUGAAGGGAUCUUGAGCCUUCUGCCAGCUCUUUCUUGCAUGCCUGGCGGGCUGGGCCGCAGGGCAGCAUGAGGAGAGCCCUGCCAUUCCUGUGCAUCCUACUGGAGGUUUGAAAACAUCAAAUAAAUGUGGUGUUUACAACUUACUGGAGAGAAGUGGGUUGUGAGGGUGGGUAAGGGUUCCCAAGGUGAAGCCCUGCUGCCAGGCUGGGGCCCCAGCCCCGAAGGUUGACAAGCCCUGACACAAGCCUUGAAUCACCCACAGUUCCCCUUCCUGCCAAAGGUCUUGAAGCCCCUGGGAUAGGAGCAGGGCGCACUGUUCCUCUUUGUAGUCAGGGGAGAGGUUUGCCAGGAAAGAGUAGGUGUGGGUGUGACAGAGCUGGUCUGGUAAACGUUAACCUGGUGAGGGGCAGGGCGGGGCUCCUGUCACUUUCAGGAGAGGAGUCAGGCCGGGGUCAGCUGUCCCUCCUGUUACACCUCAGGUCACUGUUUCCCCGCUGUUCCCGCCCAAACCCCAGGCGCCCUAGAGAAGGGGGCCUUAGAUGUUGAAAGUUCUAAGAAAUGAAUCUCACUUCCUGGAGAGGCUUGUGAAAAAAAAAAACCCUGGAAUAUGAGCCUCCUCUUUGAGGAACAGCUUCUGGCUUGUCCUCUGGCACCAGGCCUUCCCCCUCAGGGCCUCCCCAGCUGCCUUGGCACUGGGCUCUACCCAGUUUGCCCUUUUGUUCCUGCCAGUGUCGGCCUUGUCCCUUUUCUCGUAGGUCCUCAUAGCGUGGACCAAACCGCAGUUGGGUUCAGCUUUCAGCCCCAGGGCCCUUCCCUGGAGGCCAGAACCGCAGGCUGCUGCCCCCGCUCUGUCCCUUUCUCCACUUCCCUGGAGCCGCCCAGCCAGGGCUGCCUGUUCGGAAGCCUUCCCUCCAGUCCCGCGGGUCACACUCCCACAGCCCAUGAGCCCUAGUGGGACGUGGUCUCCUGUGCUCUCACCUGGGCUCCCCCUCUAAUUUGGGACUGUCAUCGUGCCCAUUUCCCACUGUCUGUGUCACUGUUCUUGCAGAAGUGCCUGUCCUUCCUGCUGGACCGUGAGCUUCCUGCCUGAGCCAUUCGCAGCUCUUCCCUCUGCUGCUGCAGAACGCAGUGCCCCAGGUGUCAGAGGGGGAGCCCCAGGCAUCUUCCUCCUGAAGGCUUAAGGGAAACCGAAACUCACGUUCUCUCUUUGGUUCAGAGGGUCUGUGUAACCAGGGGAAACUGAAACUUCUAGAUGUCUGUGUGGGUGGAGAGCAGGGCCUGCCACCAGCCCGGCAGCCUUUAAUACCCUCAUCCUGUUGGGAGCUCAUUGUUUGGUGAGGCCAGCCCUCCAGGAAAGGGAGCCCACAGGUUCAAGGCCUCUGAACAGACCUUGCAGUCCACAGCGGGUGACAAGGGGACAACCAGGCCCGGGUGUAGGGAGGGAGGGAACAAGUGUUGAUCAGAGGAGGUGAUGCCAAGACCGGCAGCUGUGGGGAUGAGAGGAGGAGAUGGGGGAAGGGCACUGGGCGGAGAGGAAAGCCCCUGCGAGGGCGAGGGCGAGGGCGAGGGCGAGGGCGAGGGCGAGGGCGCACAGGAAGAGGCAGCCCGGCCCCAGUCUGGGGAACUGGAACCUGAAGUCUGAGUGGGCCUGUGCAGGGGUUUGCGGGGAGGGGAUGAGCAGUAGGUGUUACUGGGUGCCAGGUGUGCCCUGCACUGCUCUAGACACUGCGUUUUUCCCUCGAGGUAACCUGAUGAAUGAUGAUAAUGAAAAUAGUUACCACACGCUAUGUUGGUAUAUAAUAUAUAAUGGAUUAUUCUGAUGUCAUUUUUAAAAUAAGUCAUUUUGAAUAGGUCGUACAGUCACAUGGUUGGAACGUUUUAAAAGAUGAGAAAAGCAUGCUGUGAAAAGUGCCCCUCAUCCCCCUGACUCCGCGUAGUUCCACCCUUGCUUCAAACAGGAACCCCUGGUAUUAGUUUCUUGAUUAUUCUUCCAGACGUUGGGUUUUUUAAAAAAAUACAUUUACAAGAAAAUUAAAUAUUAUUUUCUGGGGCUUUUUUGUUUUUUGUUUUUUUCUUUUUUACACAAAUGACAACACAGUGUUGAUUUGUUCGCUUCCCAUUACACUUGGGAAUCUUUCCAGGUUAGCACACCUAGACUUCCCCCGUUCAGUUUUGUAGUUACAUAGGAUUCCACUGUGUGCAUGUAUCAUAAUUAAUUUAACAUGGCUCGCGUUGAUGGACGUUUAGAUUAUGUUUUUCUAUUUCGAACAGCGUUGCAGUAAUAACCUUUCACAUAUGCUAUUUCAGCUGUGGUUGAAGUUCACCUGUGGGAUAAAGUCCUAGAAGAGAAAUUUCUAGGUCAAAGUAUUUAAUUUAAUGAAUAUUGUCCAAAUGC